AUAAUUAAAGUGUUUUUCUUACCGUUGAUUUUUUAUUCAAUGUAGUUAUAAAAUUUACACAAAUAUUAUCAUCGACAUUCAAAAUAAUAUAGCCAUAACUAAACGAUAUAAAUUUAAAGCUAAAAGAUACAACUAAAGCAGGUCCAAUAAUUUCGAAAAAACUAAACACUAAUUAAACUAAAAUAAAAUAAGAAAAAUACCUUUUUAAAUAUUUUAAAAAAUGCCCGUGCUAAAGCAUAUACGUUGACGGAAACAUAUCUGCUUCAGCCUCAAACUUCUCUCUUAUAUAAUAAGAGAAAAUAUUUUCAAAAAUACCAUUGCUGAAGGAAGCACAUCAACGAAGACGUGCUUGCUUUACUCUUAUAUAAUAAGAGAAUGUAUUUUUAUAGGACUUGCAUUUAUAAUGCUAAUAUAAUAGUAAUAGUUAGUAGUGUAGUAGAAAGUAGCAAGUGCUGACUCAUAAAUCCUUCAAACAUAGGCUCAAUAAAUGAAUUGAUUGAGAAGUACAUUUACUUCCUAUCUACCUAACAAACUGGCAAUAUCUGUCAUGAAAAAGAUGACUUAACAAUUUUUUGGUUUUAUUUACUACUAUAUACAUCACUACUAUUUGGACUUUUAAAAGUCAUCACAAAACUUUUUGUUGUUAAUCAAAAUUCCAAGUUUCAGUGUUGGUGUAUAUGAAGUGUGUGUGAUAAAGAAAGAAGGCAGAGGAGGGAGCUUGUAGAGUUGAAAGGAUGGGAAGUAAAGAAAGGGAAAUCAAAUCACCUGAAGUUCAGUUAGGAGGGAAUUCUACUCCAAAACGGGGUUCAAAGAAACUCGGAAUCUACUUCCUUGAAUCGGAUGAUAGGAGAACAGCUUUCGGACGUGGUUAUAGUGGUGGAGUAGGAGGAGCUACUCCUGUGAAUAUCCAUGGGAAGCCUAUUCCGGAUAUAAACAAGACGGGUGGCUGGAUAGCUGCCUUGUUCAUUUUCGGAAAUGAAAUGGCUGAGAGAAUGGCUUACUUUGGCCUAUCUGUUAACAUGGUGGCGUUCAUGUUCUACGUUAUGCACAGGCCUUUUUCUAGCUCUGCCAAUGCUGUUAACAAUUUUUUGGGCAUAUCACAGGCUUCCUCUGUGUUGGGUGGUUUCGUUGCUGACGCUUACCUUGGUAGAUACUGGACUAUUGCGAUCUUUACCACCAUUUAUCUUGCGGGAUUAACAGGAAUAACAUUAUUAGCAACUAUUAAGGUAUUUGUGCCCAAUCAAGAUCAGUGUGAUCAGAUUGCCCUUCUUCUAGGCAACUGCGAACCAGCGAAAUCUUGGCAAAUGAUGUACUUAUACACAGUGUUAUAUGUGACGGGGUUCGGAGCAGCAGGGAUAAGGCCUUGUGUCUCAUCAUUCGGGGCUGAUCAAUUCGAUGAGAGAAGCAGAAACUACAGGUCACACCUGGACAGGUUUUUCAACUUUUUUUACCUGUCGGUCACAGUUGGGGCGAUUGUGGCCUUCACUGCAGUUGUGUAUAUUCAAAUGAAACAUGGAUGGGGUGCUGCUUUUGGGUCAUUGGCAAUUGCCAUGGGCCUGUCCAACAUGUUAUUCUUUGCUGGCACCCCUAUGUAUAGGCAUAGGUUGCCUGGAGGCAGUCCUCUCACGCGUGUUGCCCAAGUCCUAGUUGCUGCCUUCCGCAAGAGGAAUGUUUCGUUUCAAAGCAGCGAGUUAGUAGGCUUGUAUGAACUUCCUGGUAAAAGAUCUGCUAUCAAGGGCAGCAACAAGAUACCUCAUACCGAUGAUUUCAGAUGUUUGGACAAAGCAGCUCUGCAGCUAAAAGAUGAUGAUGGUGCCAAUCCUUGGAGGCUUUGCACCGUGACUCAAGUAGAAGAAGUUAAAAUCCUGCUGAAACUUCUUCCGAUUCCAGCCUGCACUAUAAUGUUAAGUGUGGUUCUAACGGAGUAUUUGACUCUAUCAGUCCAACAGGCAUAUACGUUGAACACUCACAUGGGACAUUUGAAACUUCCUGUCACCUGCAUGCCGGUCUUUCCAGGCCUCAGCAUAUUUGUUCUGCUCUCCCUCUAUUACUCCGUGUUCGUUCCAAUAUCUAGGCGGAUCACUGGCAACCCCCAUGGUGCUUCUCAGCUUCAGAGAGUUGGCAUUGGCUUGGCAGUCUCUAUACUCUCGGUGGCGUGGGCUGGUGUCUUCGAGAGGUACCGGAGAACUUACGCAAUACAACAUGGUUACGAGGCUAGUUUUUUGACUCAAAUGCCUGACCUCAGUGCCUAUUGGUUACUAAUCCAGUAUUGCCUAAUUGGGAUAGCUGAAGUUUUUUGCAUAGUGGGAUUACUCGAAUUUCUGUAUGAGGAGGCUCCUGAUGCAAUGAGAAGCAUUGGUUCAGCUUAUGCUGCUGUGGCUGGUGGUCUUGGUUGUUUUGCAGCCACCAUUUUGAAUAGCAUUAUCAAGUCUGUCACACGGGGAAAAGGCGAAACACGAGAAUCCUGGCUUUCCCAGAACAUUAACACCGGCAGAUUCGACUACUUCUAUUGCCUCCUCACUGUCAUGAGUCUCAUCAAUUUUGCUGCUUUUCUUUAUGCAGCACAUUGUUAUCAGUACAGAUCAAAGGAUGGGACUGACAGACAAAGCGAGAAAGCGCCUGGAUCCGAUCAUACCAGUACUAACACACCGGAUCCUAUUAGAACUCCGCAGUUAAGUGUGUUUGGACGAGAGUAGUACUAGGAAGGAUAACCCUUUGGAAAUCUUGGGGUUGCAUCCUUUGCUCACAAAAUGUGAAAAAAGAGCCUACCUUUGCCACUAUCUCAACCACUACUAGUAAGUAACCAUAUUUUAGUUGUUCCUUAACAAAGACGUAAAAGGAAAGAAAAAUCUAUUCUUGUAAGUGACAUAGUAAUAGUAGGGUGCCGAGGGUCUACCAGAAACAACCUUUCUACCCUACAAAGGUGGGUAAGGUCUGUGUACAUCGUAACCUUCACAGACUCCACUGGAUAUGUUGUCGUUGUUGACAUAGUAAUAGUAGAAGGCAUAUGAUUAAUGAAGCCAAGACCUGAGAAAGUAAAACGAAUUACUCUCAGUGACUGGAAAAUAAUAGGAUAUAUGGCUAAUCAUUUCAUGGUGUUUUAUCUUGUAAUGUUGUUGAAAUUGUUCAUCAAUUGAUUCUUGCACACUUGAGCAUGUCGAAAUGUUGAUGUCUUGGAACUUUCGACUAAGCCAUUUCUUGUGUAGUAUAGUUUUUAGUCCUUGGGUGUAUAUUUAUACGUACAAUUGUGGGAGAUGAAAA